CGCCCGCGUGCCUAACGGCCGCCGCUGGCCUGGCCAAGCGAGGGAGCGAGGUGGGCUGGAGCUUGGAGGCCGGAGACCCGACAGGGAGGGCCGCCGCCUCGCCCCGCCCAGAGGCGGUGGGGGCGGACUGUGGAAGGCCAGGUCAAAAGGAGGCCAGGUGUGGUGCAGGGGCGGCCCAGGCGCCUUGGCCUUGCAGGACCGAAAAGUCCCUGGAGGCGAGGCGAGCAGUGAGGGGACUCAGGUUGCCCACACCCACGUACCCGCGCCCGGCUCCCGUUAGGACGCACGAUGCCGCCCGCAAUUCCAGCCACCAAGGUCUCCCUCCGGGAGUUGGCCGACCUGGCCAUCGGCACCCCGGAGGUGGGCGCGGUCAACUUCACUGUCCUGCACACACUCAUCUUGGCCAUACUCAAGAACCUCGGCAUCCUAGAGACUCUUAUCGACCUCCAGACCUUGUCCCCGGAGGCAGGCCGCUCACUUGAGUCCCUCCGGGGCUCCUUUAGCACUCAGUUCCCGCCCGGGUCCAAAGAGAAACGCAGAGGUAUCAGCAGGUCCUUCUCCCUGGCGCUGGAGAACCAGGUGCAGGACCUCACCAAGCAGCUCAAGACCAUGGACGGCAAGGUGGAGGACAUCACCACCCACUUGCAGUUCAUCAGCGCACAACAGUUGGCCAUCCCAGAGUGGCUGGAGGAGAUGGACAUGCCAACCUUGGACACAGCUCAGAUAAGGUCUGGGAAGGUCCUGAAGGACACCGUGGGAGGCAGCACCCCCAAGGUCAUGCGCGUGCUCCAGGAUGUGGUGGAAGAUGUGAAGAACCUGAAAGAAGCCUACAAAAUGGUGUCUCCCGAGUUUAGGCCUCAGGAAGUCCUCCACCGAAUUGAAGACCUUGAGAAGCAAAUCAAAGAUCGAGAUGAAGUCCUGGAACAAAUAAACUGGAAGCUGGGUUCCGUUCCUGGUGCAGAAGAAGCCACCAUGGUCACCUGGGAAGAGCUGGAGCAAGCCAUCGCUGACGGCUGGAAAGGCUCACAAAUGGGCUUAGGCCAAAUGGGACUUCCUAAGCGCAGAGGGCCAUCUGCUUUAACAUUGAGUGAUCAGGCUCCUAGUCUAGCCUCUGUGAAGCAUCCAAGUUCUGACCAGGUUCAGGAUUCCACUGGUGGCCUAGAUCAGUCAUCAGAAUCCAGUGGAUACCCUUCUGAAGAUGCUGCCCUCAGGGGACGAAGCAGGGGUCCCUCUACUACUAGAUUCCUUGGAAGGGCCCGUGAUGAAGCUGGCAUGUCAAAACCCCGCCAAGCUACAUCCCAGUUAAAAGCAGAGCCAGAGCGCCGCAGAGGUAGAGAGACCUCAACACGUCCAAGAAGAGAUGAACGAGAUGCACGCCCUGGCCCAUCGCAACAGGACUUACCCUCAGCCAGAGAUCAGCAUUAUGCAUAUCCAGAUCAGCGCCGUGGGGCACGUGUCAGCCAAGACGAAGUCUAUGCAAGGCCAGAUCAGCAAAGCAUGGGACUACCUGGCACAGUGUUGCCAUAUGCUAGCACUUAUCCACAUGGUGUGGUGCCGCUUCAUGAGAGUCAGCUUGGUGAGCCACCACCUGAAAUAUACUAUCAGGGCUUGGUACCACUUGGCAUGGAUCAGCAUGGUGUUGUGCCACCUUUAGUACCUGGCAGAGGUCAACAAAGAUUGGAACUACCUGGUAUAGACCAAGUUGAUAUGGCCUAUCGGUAUGGCAUGAUACUUCCUGACACAGAUCAACUCGGUAUGGAACAGGCCGGCAUACGUGAGCGUGAUAUGGGACUACUUGGCAUGGAUCAGCAAGGACUGAUACCCGCUGGCUUGGGUCAGCAACAACUGGUACUGCCUGGAAUAGAUCAACAAGGAUUGCUUCUACCUCUCACAGAUCAGUAUGAUUUGAUAUCACCUGGUUUGAUGCAAGUUGGUAGAGAUCAACAAGGUUUGCUACAGCCCACUUUGGAAGCACCUGGCUUCAUACAACCUGGCACCAAGCAGUAUGAUUUCAUCCAGCCUGGGAGAGAUCAACCUGGCUUGGUGCAGCCUGGAAUGGUUCAUCCUGGUUUAGUGCAAACUGAUUCAGGGCAGCGUGGUCUGGUGCAGCCUCGUGCAGAUCAGGGUGGUUUGGUACCACCUGGGACAGACCAACAAGGUUUGGUGCAACUUGGCAGAGGUCGGCGUGAUUUGGUCUGGCCUGGUCCACAUAGGCUUGGUUUGGCACCUCCUGGAACAGCUCAGCCUGGCUUUGUCCAACCUGGUGUAUAUCCACAUGAUCUGGUGCCACCUGGUGCAGGUCAGCUUGAUGUGGUGCCACCUGGUACAGAUCAGCGUGGUGUAGUGCAACGUGCCAGAGAUCAGCGUGGGUUAGUCCAUCCUGGAGUAGAUCAGUAUGGUCUGGUACAACUAGGGGAACUGCCUAAUGACUGGGUGCAGCCUGGUGCAUUUCCACCUGGUUUGGUGCAGCCUGCUGCAGAGCCAUAUCAUUUGGUCCAACCUGAUAUAGGUCAGCAUGGUUUGGCCCAGCCUGGCAUAGAUCUGCAAGGUUUGGUGCAGCCAGGAGUGGAUCAGCAUGGUUUGAUAUCACCUGAUACAGUUCAGCAUGAUUUGGUACAGCCUGGGAUGAGUCAGCAAGGCAUGGUGCCACCUGAUAUGGGUCAUCGUGGCAUGCUGCCACCCCGCAUGGGUCCACGUGGCUUGGUGUCACAUGACAUGGGUCACCGUGGCUUGGUGCCACCCAGCGUGGGUCCACGUGGCUUGGUGCCAUCCAGUGUGGAUCAACCUAGCAUAGUGCCACCAGGUGUGGAUCAGCCUGGCUUGGUGCCACCUGCCAAGGAUCAGCAUGGUAUAGUGCCACCUGCCGUGGAAAAGCCUGGCUUGGUGCCACCUGGUGCGGCUCAGCGUGGCACGGUGCCACAUGGUGUGGGUAAGCCUGGCAUGGUGCCACCCAGCAUAGAUAAGCCUGGCAUGGAUCAGCCUGGCAUGGUGCAACCUGCUAAGGAUCAGCGUGGUAUAGUGCCACCUGCCAUGGAUAAGCCUGGUAUGGGUCAGCCUGGCUUGGUGACACCUGACAAGGACCAGCAUGGUAUAGUGCCACCUGCCGUGGAUAAGCCUGGCUUGGUGCCACCGAGUGUGGAUCAGCGUGGCACAGUGCCACGUGAGAUGGGUAAGCCUGGCAUGGUACCACCCACCUUGGAUAAGCCUGGCAUAGUGUCAACCACCCUGGGUAAGCCUAGCAUGGUACCACCCGGCAUGGACCAGCCUGGCAUGGUGCCACCUGAUGUGGAUCAGCGUAGCAUGGUGCCCCUCGGCGUGGAUCAGCAUGGCUUGGUGCCACCCGGUGUGGAUCAGCCUGGCUUGGUGUCACCUAGCAUAUAUCAGCGUGGCAUGGUGCCCCCUGGCAUGGAUCAGCGUGGCAUGGUGCCCCCUGGUGUGUAUCAGCGUGGCAUGGUGCCACCUAGCAUGGAUCAGCAUGGCUUUGUGCCACCCGGUGUGGAUCAGGGUACUAUAGUAGUACCACCUGGUGUGGAUAAGCCUGGCUUGGUGUCACCUAGCGUGUAUCAGCGUGGCAUGGUGCCCCCUGGCAUGCAUCAGCGUGGCAUGGUGCCCCCUGGUGUGGAUCAGCGUGGCUUGGUGCCACCUGGUGUGGAUCAGCGUGGCUUGGUGUCCACUGGCAUAGAUCAGCGUGCUGUAGCACCACCAGGUGUGGAUCAGCAUGGCUUGGUGGUACCUGGCGUGGAUCAGCGUGGAUUGGUGCCCACUGGCAUGGAUCAGCGUGCUAUAGCGCCAACAGGUGUGGAUCAGCGUGGCUUGGUGAUACCUGGCGUGGAUCAGCAUGGAUUGGUGCCCACUGGCAUGGAUCAGCAUGCUAUAGCGCCAACAGGUGUGGAUCAGCGUGGCUUGGUGCCACCAGGUGUGGAUCAGCGUGGAUUGGUGCCCACUGGUAUGGAUCAGCGUGCUGUAGCACCACCAGGUGUGGAUCAGCGUGGCUUGGUGAUACCUGGUGUGGAUCAGCGUGGGUUGGCGCCCACUGGCGUUGAUCAGCAUGCUGUAGCACCACCAGGUGUGGAUCAGCGUGGCUUGGUGCCACCUGGCGUGGAUCAGCAUGGGUUGGUGCCCACAGGCAUCGAUCAGCGUGCUGUAGCACCAACAGGUGUAGAUCAGCGUGGCUUGGUGCCACCUGGCAUGGAUGAGAGUGGGUUGGUGCCCACUGGUGUGGAUCAGCGUGCUGAGGUGUCAACAGGUGUGUAUCAGCGUGGCUUGGUGCCACCUGGCUUGGAUCAGCGUGGGUUGGUGCCCACUGGCAUGGAUCAGCGUGCUGUAGCACCACCAGGUGUGGAUCAGCGUGGCUUUUUGCCACCUGGCUUGGAUCAGCGUGGGUUGGUGCCCACUGGUGUGGAUCAGCAUGCUGUAGCCCCAUUAGCUGUGGAUCAGCGUGGCUUGGUAGCAACUGGCAUGGAUCAGCGUGGGAUGGUGCCCACUGGAGUGGAUCAGCAUGCUGUAGCGCUUCCAGGUGUGGAUCAGCGUGGCUUGGUGCCACCUGGUGUGCAUAAGCGUGCGUUGGUGCCCAGUGGCAGAGAUCAGCGUGGGUUGGUGCCCACUGGUGUGGAUCACCGUGCUGUAGCACCAACAGGUGAUGACCAGCGUGGCUUGGUACCACCUGGCGUGGAUCAGCGUAGGUUGGUGCCCACUGGCAUGGAUCAGCGUGCUAUAGCACCAACAGGUGUGGAUCAGCGUGGCUUGGUGCCACCUGGUGUGGAUCAGCGUGCUGUAGCGCCAACAGGUGUGGUUCAGCGUGGAUUGGUGCCACCUGGUGUGUAUCAGCGUGGGUUUGUGCCUACUGGCGUGGAUCAGCGUGCUGUAGUGCCACCAGGUGUGGAUCAGCGUGGAUUGGUGGCACCUGGCAUGGAUCAGCGUGGAUUGGUGGCACCUGGCAUGGAUCAGCGUGCUGUAGCACCACCAGGUGUGGACCAGCGUGGGUUGGUGCCACCUGGCGUGGAUCAGCGUGGGUUGGUGCCCAGUGGCAUGGAUCAGCGUGCUAUAGCGCCAACAGGUGUGGAUCAGCGUGCUGUAGCGCCAACAGGUGUGGUUCAGCGUGGAUUGGUGCCAACUGGCGUGGAUCAGCGUGGGUUUGUGCCUACUGGUGUGGGUCAGCAUGCUGUAGCACCACCAGGAGUGUUUCAGCGUGGAUUGGUGCCACCUGGUGUGUAUCAGCGUGGAUUUGUGCCCCCUGGCAUGGAUCAGCGUGCUAUAGCACCACCAGGUGUGGAUCAGCGUGGUUUGGUGCCACCUGGCAUGGAUCAGCGUGGCUUGGUGCCACCUGAUAUGGGUCAGCAAGCUAUAGCACCAACAGGUGUGGAUCAGCAUGGUUUGGUGGCCACUGGCGUGGAUCAGCGUGCUGUAGUGCCAACAGGUGUGGAUCAGCGUGGCUUGGUGCCACCUGGUAUGGAUCAACAUGCUGUAGCACCAACAGGUGUGGAUCAACGUGGUUUGGUGGCCACUGGCGUGGAUCAGCGUGCUGUAGUGCCAACAGGUGUGGAUCAGCGUGGCUUGGUGCCACCUGGUAUGGAUCAACGUGCUGUAACACCAACAGGUGUGGAUCAACGUGGCUUGGUGCCACCUGGUAUGGAUCAACGUGCUGUAGCACCAACAGGUGUGGAUCAACGUGGCUUGGUGCCACCUGGCAUGUAUCAGCGUGCUGUUGCGCCAACAAGUGUGGAUCAGCAUGGCUUGAUGCCACCUGGUAUGGAUCAGCGUGCUGUAGUGCCACCAGGUGUGGGUCAGCGUGGCUUGGUGCCACCUGGCAUGGAUCAGCGUGGGCUGGUGCCCACUGGUGUGGAUCAGCGUGGUUUGGUUCCCACUGGUGUAGAUCAGUUUGUUGUAGCACCACCAGGUGUCUAUCAGCGUGGCUUGGUGUCACCUGGUGUGGAUCAACGUGGGUUGGUGCCCACUAGCGUGGAUCAGCGUGCUGUAGUGCCACUAGGUGUGGAUCAGCGUGGGUUGGUGCCACCUGGUGUGGAUCAGCGUGGGUUGGUGCCCACUAGCAUGGAUCAGCGUGCUGUAGGACCACCAGGUAUGAUUCUGCGUGGCUUGGUGCCACCUGGUGUAGAUCAACGUGGGUUGGUGCCCACUGGCGUGGAUCUGCAUGCUGUAGCGCCAAUAGGUGUGGAUCAGCGUGGCUUAGUGCCACCUGGUGUGGAUCAGCAUGGGUUGGUUCCCACUGGCAUUGAUCAGCGUGCUGUAGCUCCACUAGGUGUGGAUCAGCGUGCUGUUGCGCCACUAGGUGUGGAUCAGCGUGGGUUGGUGCCCACUGGCGUGGAUCAGCGUGCUGUAGCACCACCAGGUGUUGACCAGCGUGGGUUGGUGCCACCUGGUGUGGACCAGCGUGGGUUGGUGCCACCUGGUGUGGACCAGCGUGAGUUGGUGCCAACUGGUGUGGACCAGCGUGAGUUGGUGCCACCUGGCAUGGAUCAGCGUGCUGUACCACCAACAGGUGUGGAUCAGCGUGGCUUGGUGCCACCUGGCAUGGAUCAGCGUGGGUUGGUGCCCACUGGCGUAGAUCAGCGUGCUAUAGCGCCAACAGGUAUGGAUCAGCGUGGUUUGGUGCCACCUGGUGUGGAUCAGCGUGCUGUAGCGCCACCAGGUGUGGAUCAGCGUGGUUUGUUGACACCUGGCGUGGAUCAGCGUGGUUUGGUGCCCCCUGGUGUAGAUCAGCGUGCUGUAGCGCCACCAGGUGUAGAUCAGCGUGGCUUGGUGCUACCUGGCAUGGAUCAGCGUGGGUUGGUGCCGAGUGGUGUGGAUCAGCGUGGGUUGGUGCCGAGUGGUGUGGAUCAGCGUGGGUUGGUGCCGAGUGGUGUGGAUCAGCGUGCUCUAAUGCCAACAGGUGUGGAUCAGCGUGGCUUGGUUCCACCUGGUGUGGAUCAGCGUGCUAUAGCGCCACAAGGUGUGGAUCUGCGUGGCUUGGUGCCAGCUGGUGUAGAUCAGCGUGGGUUGGUGCCCCCUGGUGUGGAUCAGCAUGCUGUAGCGCCAACAGGUAUGGAUCAGCGUGGCUUGGUGCCACCUGGCAUGGAUCAGCAUGGGUUGGUGCCCACUGGCGUGGAUCAGAGUGCUGUAGUGCCACCAGGUGUGGGUCAGCGUGGGUUGGUACCACCUGGCAUGGAUCAGCGUGGUUUGGCUCAAGCUGGUACAUAUCCUGGUGGUUUGGCUCAAGCUGGUGCAUAUCCUGGCAGUUUGGCCCAAGCUAGUGCAUAUCCACAUGGUGUGGUGCAACCUAGAAUGGAUCAACGUGGUUUGAGACAACCCAGUGCUGACUGGCAAGGCUUGAUGGCAUCAGGCACAGAACCUCGUGGCUUUCCAACAUUCCAGAGAGAUCCUCAGGGUUUGAGAUCACUUCGCCCAUAUCCACCUGGUGUGGGACCUUCUGGCCGAAAGCCACGUGGCCAGGUUUCAUCACUGUUACCCAGUCGAGGUUUGGCAUCACCAAUUAUAGACCAGAGGGGUUUGGCACCACCAGAAACCUAUCAGCAAAGUUUGAUGCAUCCUGGCCUAGAGCAGCAGGACCAAGCCCCAGAUCAACAGCUUUCGGUAUCAUCUGGGCCAGAUCAGCCAGAACAGGUGUACCCAAGUGCAGUUCAGCCAGAUAGAGCAUAUUCUGUCUCUGCCUCUGGUGGUCCAGAUUAUGAGGGUAUUGGUCCACAUGAUCAGGAAUAUUUGGAUCUACGCAGAACAAGUGAUUUACAGCAACCUAGGCGACCUGCCCAGGCCGCCUCUGUCCAAGAAGUUCCCUCUUCGGUGAGUCAAGAAGACUCCGAGAGGAGUGAGGUCCAGAGUGAGCGACAUGAUUCACUGGAGAAACUGGCCCCCAACUUCCCCAUAGCGGUGGAAACGUUUCGUCUGAUGGGAGAGAUGAUCGGUCUCUAUGUGGAGCUAAAGGAGAGAAUAAAGGAUCUGGAUGAGGAGAAAGCUGGCCAGACUGACUUGGAGAAGAUAGAGUACCUACUCGCACAGAUGGUCCAAAAAACCAUACCCCCUGACCUGCAGGAACAGCUGAAAAGCAUAAAGACCUUGGCCAAAGAAGUUCGGCAGGAAAGAGCCCAACUGAACAAGCUACAAAGAAUCCUGGAGGGUGACAGUGACCGGGAAGCAGGGAAGGAGCUGAAGGCUAGUCAGCUGAGCCUGCAGCUGGGCAUCAUCAGAGUCACCGUGGCUGACAUUGAGAAGGAGCUGUCUGAGCUGCGGGAGAGUCAGGAACGAGGCAAGGCUGCCAUGGAGAACUCCGUCUCGGAAGCCUCGCUUUACCUGCAGGACCAGUUAGACAAGCUGAGGACAAUCAUCGAGAGUAUGCUGGCCUCCUCUUCCACCCUGCUGUCCAUAAGCAUGACCCCACACAAGCCCUUGACUUACUUCACACCUGGCCGGAUUGACCCCAAUGCUACCUGUCCGGCCUGCAGCCUGGACCUGGGCCAUCAGGUCAGCACACUUGUACAGCGCUAUGAGCAGCUCCAGGACAUAGUCAGCAACCUGGCUGCCUCCCGGCCUUCCAAGAAGGCCAAGCUCCAGAGCCAGGACGAGGAGCUGCUGGGCCAAGUACAGAGCGCCAUCCUGCAGGUGCUGGGUGACUGCGAGAAGCUAAACAUCACUACUAGCAACCUCAUCGAGGACCAUCAGCAGAAGCAGAAGGACAUUGACAUGCUGUACCAGAGCCUGGAAAAGCUCGAGAAGGAAAAGGCCAACAGGGAGCACUUGGAGAUGGAGAUCCAUGUGAAAGCAGACAAGAGUGCCCUAGCAGCCAAAGUGAGCCGUGUCCAGUUUGAUGCCACCACAGAGCAGCUGACCCACAUGAUGCAGGAGCUGGUAGCCAAGAUGACUGGGCAGGAGCAAGACUGGCAGAAAAUGUUAGACAAACUCUUGGUACAGAUGGACAGCAAGCUGGACCGCCUGGAGCUAGACCCUGUGAAGCAGCUGCUGGAGGAUCGGUGGAGAUCACUGCGGAAGCAGCUCAAAGAGCGCCCUCCACUCUACCAGGCAGAUGAGGCAGCUGCCAUGAGGAGGCAGCUCUUGGCUCAUUUCCACUGCCUCUCAUGUGACCGGCCUCUGGAGACAGCUGUGACUGGACAAAUGAUCCCCCUGAUUCCUAUGAGUCCUGGCCUGCCAGCACACCGGUCCAUUCGCCCCUACACAAUAUUCGAGCUGGAGCAGGUCCGCCAGCAGAGCCGCAACCUCAAGCUAGGCAGCACUUUCUGUCGGGGUGACCUGUCACCGAUGGAGCGGAGUGCAGGGCGCCUGCGCACUAUGCACUCCAAGAUGCUGAUGGACAUUGAGAAGGUGCAGAUCCACUUUGGAGGCUCUGUGAAGGCUAGCAGUCAGAUGAUCCACGAGCUGCUGCAGGCCCAGGGCCUCACUUCCCCUUGCUACAAACGGGUGCCAGAUGCGAUGGUGGGUUACACCUACUCCACUGUGCCCCGGCGCUGUGGAGGAAGCCACACCCUCACCUACCCCUACCGCCGUAGCCGCCAGCAGCACCUGUCCCAGGGCCCGUAUGCUCCUGAGGAGAUCCAGAUAGCCAUGAAGCAUGACGAGGUGGAUAUCUUGGGCCUAGAUGGACAUAUUUACAAGGGACGGAUGGAUACGAGACUGCCAGGCAUCCUGAACAAAGACACCUCAGGAGUGUCAAAGCACAAGACCAAGCAGCCCCGGCCCCACCUGCUCAGGCAUCAGGCCCUGGGUAACAUUGGACAGCUGCCCUCCCGGCCUCAGAGCACCCACCUAUUGGCUGGCAACAACUCAGUUUCUUCGAGGCAACAUCUCUCCCAGUCAGAUAUGGCCCAUCCACCCAGCCCCACUGAGAUGGAACACCUGCAGGACAACGGUUCAGGACCAGAAAUGCACAUGGACAUACCUCCUGAGGAGGAGCUAGAGGAGCCCACUCGGGGACCACGGUCCACCACUGCUCCCUGAAUAGAGCUUUAAGUAAAUGUUUAAGAAGAGGCUUAUAUUGGAGAAGGCUUCUCUGUCAGUCCUGCCUCCGGAAGAUGGAGUGGGAAGGCAGUGCCUGCUGCUGGCCAGGCAGCCCCAGGUACCCCCAGGGUCCUCAGUCUGAGAAUUAGACCUCCAGUCCACCACACAGAUGAAGCUGUUCUGAGCGUGCCGGGGCUCCUGGAGGGCUUCACCGUUGAAUUCAGGGCAGCCUGGGUUGGGCCUCCUCUCACACCCAUCAGCCAGCCCUACCUUCUGAUGUGGAGGACUGGCCCAGGACACUGGAUAGGCCUGGACCCAUGGUGUGGAUGUGCUAACCGUAUCUUGGAGUAGAGGGCAGAGCUGCUUGCUACUACCCUGCUGCCAGCUCAGGGCAGCUCCUGGGUCCUCACACAGGUCCCAGUGAAGCAAUGCCAUGAACCAGAAGCAAAAACCCACAGCCCCUGGGAAGGUUACCAUGCUCUGCUGUCUGCCCUUGAGUGGGCCACACAGCCAGCCACAGCCUGAAGGCCAACCCCUGGCAGAAGGGCUGAGUAGAAGCUUCCCUGGCCAAUGCCUGGGAAGAUGGAGAGCAGGGGUUCAAGGGGCAUGGCUUGCAUUUUGUGCAAGGCUGAGCCUUCAACCUGCUCCAGGCGGCUGCUUGGCCCAUUUGGUCACCUCCUCACUAAGCCCAAAUCUACAAACCUAUGGAAAAAAUGCACCGCUAUUGGUGGGAAGGUACGGAGGAGUACUGUGUGAUUGAGCCAGCAGCAGCUGCCAGGAACAAGCCCCCAAUUGAACCUCCUGAACUUGGGUCACUGGCUGAAUUCUGGGGUCCCCCAGGAGACAGGCAAGCUGGGGACAAAGAAGGCCUGAAUCAUCAAAGCAGUUUCUACCUGAGGUCUUUUCCCACAUCAGAGGGAACCAAAUGCCCAGAGUGGAGGAUGGGGCUCUCCCCACCCCCAGUUCCCACCAUCCCUCACAUGGGAAAGGGAUGUCUCGGGUAAGAGGCUCAUUUGGGGGUGUGAGAAGAGGGGGCGAAUCACACAGGAAAGAGAGGCAGGAAAU